AUGAGUGCUGCUUCCGCCGCAAUGCCCAAAGCCGCGGCUAUUCCCGCUCGUUUACUGCGGACUUCGCGACAAUGCUCCAAGCAGAACCCGGCCGCCAGUGUCCGAUCAACCACCACAGUUCGGACUUAUCAUGUGUCGGCUGCUUCUCCAACAAGCCAGCGCCUGCGGGAUGGUGUUCGUAGCAAGAACAGUCCGGCAUUCCUGUCGUCAAGGGUUUUCCAUACGACCGCUCCUCUUGGAGCCAUGUCUGACCCGUAUAAAGUUUUAGGAGUCGACAAGGGUGCUUCUGCAGGCGACAUCAAGAAAGCUUACUAUGGAAUGGCCAAGAAAUACCACCCGGAUACCAACAAAGACCCUGGCGCCAAGGAAAAGUUUGCGGAAGCUCAGUCGGCCUACGAACUUCUAUCCGAUCCGAAGAAGCGCGAGAAUUUCGACCGAUUCGGCUCAGCUGCUUUUGACCAGAACGGCGGCUUCGAUCCCAGUGGCGGUAACCCAUUUGCCGGCGCCGGUGGUUUCCACGGCUUCGGUGGAGGAUUUGGUGGUGGAUUCCCUGGAGGAUUCUCGGGUGACAUCAACUUCGAAGACUUGUUCGGCGCAUUCACCGGCGGCGCUCGCCGUGCGGGUCGAGGACGCCGAAGCCCGUUCCAGGAGAUCUUGGUUGGCGAAGAUAUCGAGGUUCAGACCAACAUUUCCUUCAUGGAAGCUGCGAAGGGUACUUCCAAGGAUAUAGUCAUCACUCCCCUGAAGGAGUGUGGCACCUGUGAUGGAGAUGGACUGAAGAAGGGUGCUAAACGAACGCAAUGCCGUCAGUGCAACGGUUCUGGCACCCGGGUACACUUCAUGCAGGGAGGAUUCCAAGUUGCGGCUACCUGCGAUGCCUGUGGAGGUGCGGGAAUGACUGUUCCCCGCGGAUCCGAAUGUGGCGGGUGUAAAGGAAGUGGUGUGGUCAGAGAUCGCAAGACUGUCCAGGUCGACAUCCCCGGCGGUGUCGAGGAUGGCAUGCGUCUGAGAGUGUCCGGAGAAGGUGACGCCCCUCCUACGGGCACCGCAGCAGCCCCUGGCUCCCGUACGCAGCGUGGUGACUUGUACGUCUCCAUUCGGGUCUCCCCCGAUCACCGCUUCAGCCGCUCCGGCUCCGAUAUUCUCUACACAGCCUCUAUUCCUCUCACCACUGCUCUGCUUGGCGGUGAGGUGACGGUCCCGACUUUGGACGGCGAGGUCAAGGUCAAGGUUGGAACGGGUACCGGCACGGGUGACCGCAUUACUCUCUCGGGCAUGGGCAUGAAGAAACUCAGUGGCCGUUCUAGAGCCUUCACUCCUACCGGUGACUUGAAGGUUGAGUUCAAGGUUGCCAUGCCGAAGUAUUUGACUAGCAACCAGCGGACAAUCCUCGAGGUUCUAGCGGAUGAAAUGGGUGACAAGACGGCCAGACGCAUCAUGGACAUCCCCAAGGAUGGCAGAUCAACUCCUGACUCCGGCGCCACCUCCGAUUCUUCCAAGAACGAGGGAUUCCUUAAAUCGGCCUGGCACAAGCUCAUGAACCACUCGAAACAAUCGGGAUCGGAAGGCUCGGGUAGCGAGUCAGGCAAGAAGGACCGCAGCGACAGCAACAAAUCCGACGAUGAGAAGAACUCCCCGCUCCUCCCGAGCAACAAGAUGGUUCAAUCGCCCAUGAUUUCGUGUCCGCUCAAGCAGACCAACGAGAUCGAUUGGAUUCGACCCCUCAAGGACUACAUCCGUCAGAGCUACGGUGAAGACCCCGAUCGCUACAGUUCAGAAUGCGCGACCCUCAACCGCUUGCGCCAGGACAUGAGGGGCGCGGGGAAGGAUAGUGCGACAGGCCGCGACCUGUUGUAUCGGUAUUAUGGACAGCUGGAGCUCUUGGACCUGAGGUUUCCGGUCGAUGAGAACCAUAUCAAGAUCUCCUUCACUUGGUAUGAUGCCUUUACCCAGAAGCCCACUUCGCAAUACUCCUUGGCAUUCGAGAAAGCAUCGAUCAUCUUUAACAUCUCCGCCGUUCUGUCAUGCCACGCGGCAAACCAGAAUCGCGCUGAAGAUACCGGUCUCAAAACCGCGUAUCACUCUUUCCAGGCAUCCGCUGGCAUGUUCACAUAUAUCAAUGAGAAUUUCCUCCACGCGCCGUCGACCGACUUAAACCGGGAAACUGUCAAAGCUCUGAUCAACAUCACCCUCGCUCAAGGCCAAGAAGUAUUUCUGGAGAAGCAGAUCGCGGACAAUAAGAAGGCCGGUUUGCUCGCAAAACUUGCAAGCCAGUCCGCCUAUCUGUACUCUCAAGCCGCCGAGGGAAUGCAGGAGUUCGUAAAGGGAGUUUUUGACAAAGUGUGGACAAUCGUCGUGCAGGCCAAGGCGGCGCACAUGGCCUCUGUGGCAUCCUACUACCAAGCUUUGACGGACAGCGAAAGCGGAUCGCACGGUGUCGCCAUUGCCCGGCUGCAGCUGGCAGAGAAGAAUUCAACAGCAGCACUAGGAUGGGCCAAGUCCUUCCCCUCAUCGGUCUCUCCAAAUGCCAAUUUGAGCUCCGAAUCGGGCACGAAUCUCCUCGAUAUCAUCAAGUAUCAUCUUGCCAAUGUCCAGGCCAAGCUUACCGUAUUUAUGAAGGACAACGACUUUAUCUAUCACCAACCCAUUCCCAGUGAGGCGGGUUUGUCAGCUGUUGCGAAGCUGCCUGCAGCAAAGGCAAUUCCUGUCAGCGAGCUCUAUCAAGGCCAAGAUAUUCAACGUAUCAUCGGCCCAGAUAUCUUCCAGAAGCUGGUGCCCAUGUCUGUCACAGAAACGGCCAGUCUCUAUGAUGAAGAGAAAGCCAAGCUGAUCCGUGCGGAAACGGAGAAAGUUGAGACGGCAAAUGGGGAAAUGGCUGCCAGUCUUGAUUAUCUGAAACUUCCGGGCAGCCUGAAUAUCCUCAAAGGCGGGAUGGACCAGGAGGUGACUGUGGAUGAUGAAUUUCGACGAUGGUGCCAGGAGCUCGCGGGUCAUCAACCAUUUAUCAAGGCCUUUGAUGGGCUACAGGAUCGCAAGGUGGAGAUUCUCGCGCAGCUAGACCAGUGCUCCAAACAAUUGGACCUGGAGGAGAGUGUAUGCGAAAAGAUGCGCUCCAAAUACGGAGCGGACUGGAGCCAGCAGCCCAGCGCCAGGCUAAACACUACACUACGCGGCGAUAUUCGAACCUACCGAGACACCAUCAAUGAAGCGAGUGCCAGCGACUCUCAACUCUUGUCUACUCUGCGGCAAUAUGAGGCAGACUUCGAUGAGAUGCGAUCUGCAGGUGAAACAGACGAGGCUGAAGUACUCUUCCAGCGUGCCAUGAUCAAAGCUGGCUCCAAGCAGAGCAAGGGUAAAAAUGGGCUUGGUAGCCCUUACGCAUCAACGGCAGAAGGAAGUUUGAUUGAUGAUGUCUACGACGAAGGCAGCUCUUCCGUGUCAGAGCAAAUCGCAAGGGUCGAGGCUAUAUUGAAAAAAUUGAAUCUGGUCAAGAGAGAACGGGCUCAGGUCUUGAAAGACCUGAAGGAUAAGGUCCACAACGACGACAUCUCCAACGUUCUGAUACUCAACAAGAAAACCAUUGCAGGACAGGAAAGUCAGCUUUUCGAAGCGGAGCUGGAGAAAUUCCGUCCGCAUCAGAAUCGACUCCUCCAGGCCAACCAUAAGCAGGCCUCGCUGAUGAAGGAGCUUACGAAGAUAUACGGUGAUCUACUGCAGGACAAACGAGUGCGUGCCGAGCAAUCGAAGUACGAAACCAUCACCCGUCAACGCAACACGGUGAUGUCCCGAUACAAGAAGAUUUACGAUGCAUUCAAUGGUCUCUUGUCGGGAACGGCACAGGCCCAGACCUUUUACAAGGAGAUGACCGAAACCGUAGACAGUCUGAAGAAGAACGUCGAGACUUUUAUCAACAACCGACGAUCCGAAGGUGCCCAGCUACUGGGCCAAAUCGAGCGGGAGAAGGCAAGCAAUGCCACUGAGCAGGAAGACCGCGAACGCGAGAAGCUACGACAGCUAAUGGAGCGCCUGUCUACGGAACCCAAGACAUCGUCUACUCCUUCCUCCACAACAACCGCGCCAUCCAAGGUCAAGUCCCCUCCUCCUGCCAUUCAGACGCCCGCAUAUCCCAACCCCGCCAUAUCUUCACCGAAGAUGUCCCCACGGUAUCCUCCCAAUGUCGGCGGACAGCCGCACGGCAUCCCUAUCUCGCAUUCCCCUGCCCCCUACGGACAGUACAUGGGCCAGGCACCGGGCGUUUCCUACGUCCCAGGACAGACCUUCCAACAAGGCGCAGCAGCGCCUCUCUCAGAGGGCUACAACCCAAUGGCCUAUCCCAUCCCUCCGGCCGUCUCACCCCCGCCUAACUUCUACACGUCCACCCCUACUCCAUUCAGCUACGCCGGGCCCACCCCGCCAGCAGCUCCAUCUUCCUUCAUGCCCCAGGGCUAUGUUCCACCUCCUCCGCCGCCCCGUCCCCAGCAGACCACUUACCCCUCCACGACGGGGCCAUACCCAUCCGGUCCUGGCGGCUACGCACAAAGUAGACCCUACGGCACAUCCCAGCACCACAAAGCUCCCUCGCAGUCUCAACCCCAAUCGACAUCCGCGUCCGGCAAUGACCCCUGGGCUGGCCUGAAUGCAUGGAAAUGA